AUGUCCCGAUCGUUUGAAGUGAUUCGAAACGCACAACAGGAUCAACCUGAUUAUCCGUUGCAUAUCGAUCGGUCCGUGCUAACGCAACAGCGUUUGAAUGAAUGGCUUGGUCGCGGGGAUUCACCCAAACCGCCCAGUGCACUUGCUCAGCUGAGGAAAGCAGCUCGACAAACCGCCCGAUUUUUUGCCCCGGAUUGUCUGAAGUCAAAAUUCUCACGGAAGCGUGCGGAUGAGUACCCAGCAGACCACUCGUCAGAUGAUCAAUCAAAACAAGUGCGCAAACAAUCUGCCCGUGUGUUUGCCACUUGGUUAGUCAGCUUCUUCCCGUUCAUUGCAACACUUCGCAAAUACGAUGUGAAGAACUCGUUCGUCAAUGAUUUGAUCGCCGGUAUUACCGUCGGGAUAAUGCAUGUACCUCAAGGAAUGGCCUACGCUAUGCUCGCUACACUACCACCAGUCAUCGGUCUUUAUACCUCAUUCUUCCCGGCAUUGGUCUAUUUCUUUUUCGGCACAUCGAGGCACAUUUCCAUGGGUACAAUUGCUGUGGUUAGUCUUUUAACCGGUGAAUUUCUGGACAAGAUGGUACCAAGUCAAUUAGAUCUACGCGCCAGUGCCAGCUCUGCCGAUCUGAACCAUUCAUUCCUGAUGGCUAGCAAUGACAGCUUGGAUCCGACUGCGCUCCGAGUCCGUUACGCCACAGCUCUCACAAUGACUGUCGGUAUUUCACAGUUUGCGAUGGGUAUUUUCCGCAUGGGCAGUGUGAUUCGAUACCUUUCCGGGCCGAUGACAUCCGGGUUCACAGUCGGUGUUGCUACACACGUCCUCACCAGUCAGGUAACUACAUUGCUCGGUGUGAAAAUUCCCAAACCGGUCGGUCUGUUCACGGUGCCUCGGACCUACUACGAAGUGAUUCGGGCCAUUCGCACAGCCAACCCGGUCACCAUUGGUCUCUCAGCGUGCUGUAUACUCAUUAUUGCCGUAUUCAAAGUCUGGAUCAAUCCUCCGGUGACUAGACGCAUCCGCGUCCCGAUACCCAUUGAUUUAAUCAUUGUAAGUAGUUUAUUUUGCUGUUCUGUUUACAUUCCUCCUCCUCCCCUGUCCAUGAAUUCCUCCACUCGAUAA